AUGAAAGAAUAUUCAUAUGAAAACAAUUUUACUAAAGACAAAAAUGAUAUAAGAAAUAUUUGCAAAGAAAAGGAUAGAAUGAUUAUUUUACAUAAUAUAUUAAAAGAUUGUGUUAUAGCUAAGGUAAAAAAUAGUUAUGGAGAUGAUGAAAAAUAUUUUAUAAAUUUGAAAGAUUAUCCUGAAAAAAAGGAAGAUAUUAAGAAUAAAAAUUAUUAUUUAUAUAAAAUAUCAAAUGAUAAUUUGAAAACAUGCAGCAAUUAUUUUGAUCCUAUGAAUCAGAAAAUCCUGAAACCAAUUUUGGAAGAUUCUAAUAAUAAUAUUAUAGAGAAAAAAGGUUCUACUCCAACUUGUGAUGAAGAAGAUUAUAAAAUGGAUCAUAUAUGUUAUAAUAGUACCAAUGAAAGUGAAGGAAAAAAUAAUGAUAUAAUCAAUUAUAAGGAAAGAUCUAAUAAUAUUUUAUCAAAUGAACAUGUACAUAUAAAAAAAAGUGUUAAUGUGUUACAUAAUAAUAUUAUAAAAAGACUUAUGGAUGACACAAGAAAUGAUAACAACAACAACAAUAAUAAUAAUAAAAUAGAUAGUAAUAAAUAUAUUGAAAAAUAUAAUGAAAGCAAAUUUUCAAAAAGGAAAGGAAUAUAUAAUGAAGAAAAAAAUAAAAAUAAAAAAAGUAACACAAAAAAACAAAUGAGAAAAAGCAAUUUAUCAUUUGUUACAAAAGAAUCUUCAUCUAGAUCAAAAUAUUGCAAUAAUAUAAAUAAUAUAAAUAAUAGUAAUAAAAAAAAAAUUAUAAAUUCAAAAGGAAUAUUUAAUGGAAAAGAGAAAACUGAAAAUAAAACAGUAUCAACAAAAGGAUCAAAAAAGUAUAUGUCAACAUAUUUUUUUAAAACCAAUCAUAAGAAUGGUACUAAUCUGAGAAAGAGAAAUCACUCUAUUAAUUCCCAAAAAAUAUAUAGAAAUAAUCAAAUAAAUGAAAAUACAAAUGUUGAAUUUUUAUUAAAUACUAAAGCUGUAAAGCCAGAAAAUACAGAUAAAAAUUGUAACGUUUUGUCGAACGAACUUUUUUUUAGUGGGAAUAUAUUGCAAGUUAAAAAACCAAAAAGAAAAAAAAUUGAUAUAAAAAAUAGAAAUAACAACAACAAAGAAGUGGAAAGAAAUAUAUCUAAUGGUACUAACAAAAUAAUGAAUCCUUAUAAGAUGGUUAAAAAUAAAAAGGAUUUGAAAAAAAAAGAAAAUUAUAAAAAUAAUAAAUAUAACAAAAAUUAUAAAAAUAAUAAGAAUAACGAAAAAUACGAAAAUAAUUUCAUCUCAAAAGGACAAAGGAAUAUAUCAACAAAUAGAAAUAAAAUAAAUAAGCAAUGUUUUAAUAAAACUUGUAAAGAGGAACAUAGCAUAAAUACCGAUAGUUCUUAUGAAAUUUCUAUACAGGGAGAAGUAAAUUUAAAUUUUGAUUUAAGUGAUAAGGAAGAUACACAAAUGAACAGUAAUAAUAAUAUGAUAUUUAUGUGUAAUGAUAAUUAUAUGAAAAAGAAAAAUAUAAAUGAUAGUAAUGAUAUAAAUAAUAUUCACAGUAAGGAAGAAAAAAAAAAACAACAAAAUUUUCUUUCUUAUAAUGGUUAUAGUAAUUCUCCAAGUAAUAUGAUUAAACAUAGAAAAGAAACAGAGGAGAAGAAAUUUGAUCAUAUAUAUCAAGAUGGAAAAUACAUGAAAUCUUCUAGCUCAUUUCAAGUGAAGCAUUUAUAUAAAAAUAUAAAUGAUAUUUUUGAUGUUAACAUUAAAAAUAAGAAAAAAUAUAUUCAUAUUGAAAAAUGUGAUAAUAUUAUAAACAAUCUUUGUCCAAAAGAUUCAGAUGAACACAUUAAGAUUUAUAUGAAGAAUGUAAAGGAAAAAAAAAAUAAACAAAAUGGUAGUGAACCAAUUGAGGGUAUAAAUAAUAAACCAUUAAACGUUUGUAGAACAACAAAUAAUGAGAUCAAUAUUUUUGAUAAAAGUAUGAUAAAUGAAAAAAAGGAAAAAAAAAAAAAAUUUCAUGAAUAUGAUAUAGAAAAUAAUGAUUUAAAUAAUGAAAUGUAUAAAGUUGAUGGUAAUACAGAAUAUAAAAAACAUAUUAGUUUAUUGGAAAAAAGUAAGAUAAAACAUAAUAAUUUAAGGAUUAAUAAAAAUACAGAUAAAGGGAAUAAUAAUAAUAAUAAUAAUAAUAAUAAUAAAUAUAUAUCUGAAAAUGUUAUAAACAAUGAGUAUAACACAACAAAGGAUAUAUAUUAUAAAAAUAUAUAUAAAAUUAAUAAUGUAAAAUUCAAAAAAGAGCAUAAUAAUAAUAAUAAUAAUAUUUGGAGGAUAAGGUUCAAAGGUGAUGCAUAUAAUGAAACUUAUGAUAAUAUAUAUCAUCACAAAAAAUGUUAUGAUUUAGUAUUGGACCAACUAAUGAAAGUUACAAGAAAGAAAAGAAGCAAGAAACACAAUCAUGAAUAUAAUAAUAAAAUCUAUAAUAAACAAAAGGAUGUAUUAAUUCAUAAUAAUAAUAAUAAUAAUAAUAACCGUUUUGAUAUAAAUAAGAUUAAAGAAAGGGAAGAAAAAAAAAAUCAUAAAUCAUCUAUUACAUGUGAUAAUGAAAAUAUUAUCAUUAAUCAUAAAACUAGUGCCAUGGAUAAAAAUAGAAACCAUCAAAUUUAUCAAGCCAGAAACCUAUUAGACGUUACAAAAUAUGAAUCCAAACUUAUCGAUAUUGAAGAAAAAAUGAGAAAAUUAAAAGAAUUGUUAAAAAAAGAAGAUAUAGAAAAUGAACAAUUGAAAAGUUUUUUAAUUUUACAAGAUGAGGAAAUUAAUGCUCUUAAGGAAGAAUUAAAAAUAUUAUCAGAACAAAAUAAUAAAAAAAAAAUUAUAAAAAAUAAAAAGGAUAAAAAUCAUGAAAAUACAGUAUUUUAUAAAAAUCUAAUAAAAUCCAAGACAUCAAAAAUUAUGGAAAUAAUUUUAAAAAAUGUAAAAGAAAAAAAAGAACAAAAGAAAAAAACAUGUAAAAUUAAAGAGUUAGAUAGAAACGAUGAUGAAAUGAUUAAAAGUGAUACUAAUCAUAUUGUCAAAAAUGUAAAUAGUCUAUCGACUAGUUGUAAUUCUGUUGUGCAUUCAUGUUAUCCUUGUAACAAAAAAUAUAUUGAAAAUGAAAAAAAUCAAAAAAAUCAGAAAAAUGAGAAAAAUCAAAAAAAAGUGAAUAAUGAGAAUGAGAAUAUUAUUUUUAAUGAUGUGCUUCCAAAUAUUAAAAAUACCCCAAUACAUAAUAACAACAAUUUUUCAUAUAUCUGUUGUAAUAAAAGAAAAAGGAAUUCAUUGAAUAGUUCAACACCUUUUAUAAUAAAAGAAAAGAAUGAUGAAAAUGUUCAACAUAAAUUAAAAACUUUGUCUUGUCCAAUGUAUAGAAAUGAAUGGAAAAUAAACCAAAAUGAUGAAAUGAAAAAAAAGUAUCAAACUAAUGAGAUAAAAAAUGGACAAAUUCAGAAUUACGUUACAAAUAAAUAUCCUAUAAAAAAUGAUAAUACAAAAAUAAAUCUAUUAAAACAUAAUAAUAGAGAAUAUAAAAAGGAAGGAAUUACUUGUGUUGAUUUUAACAAAUGUGAGGAGGAAAAUAAAAAUCAUAUAAAAACAUUAAAUGAAACAAGUUAUAUACAAACUAUGAAUAAAAUAGAAAAUCAAUUUAAAAACGAAACAAACUGUAAUAAUAUAGAAAAUAUUAUAAAUAAAUAUAAUAUAGAAUCAAAUAAAAAUGAUGCAUAUCAUAAUUUGAAUCUUUUUCAUAAUACUAUUUUCAGGAAAAAGAAUAAUAAUAAAAACAAUAACGUCAAAAUAUGUAAUGAAAAAAUAAAUCCACACAUUGUACAUAUUAAUUAUAUAACUAAUGAAAAAAUUGGUUACAUGAACAAGUCAGCUAAAAAUAAAUAUUUCUUAAGAAAGGUAAAAGAAGAAAAGAUAAAUAAUGAAAAAAAGGAAAAUAUUUUUUCAAAAUUUUUUUCUUAUAUAAAAAAUAAAAGUAUAUGUAAUGAAAAAAAAGCUGAUAGUAAGAAUUUAAGAAGAUAUAAUUCAUAUAUUAAUUUAAGAACAAAAAAUCAUAUUUAUAAAUCUACAGAUAAUAAGAGAUCACAAUCAUAUAUUAAUUUAUUUAAAAACUGUACUACACAAAAUUGUUCUAAGAAUUAUACUGAUUAUGUAUUAUCUGAAAAUAAUUUAAAUUUAAAUUUAAAUGAUACAUAUCAUAUUAAUGAUAAAGAUAACAACGAAAUAAAUAAGGAUUCAUCGAUUUUUUGUCCUCUUAAUAAAAUACAAGAAAAGAAUAUUAUUUCUAAUAACCAUUUGAAUAUAACACAAAAUGUUAAUCAUCCAGAACAAUUAUAUUUAAAGGGGAAAAUGUUACCAAAAUAUAAAAUAAAUAAUGAAUAUAAUAUAAAAAAGAAAAGAAAAAAUUUUGUUUGUAAAAAGGUUAUAAAAAAAGGAAUAAUAAAAUGUAAUCAUAUAUAUAAUUUUAAAAUUAAUAAUGAUAUAACGAAGAAGAUGAAUUUAUAUUCUCAGAAUGUAAAAGAAAAAUGCUCUUUAAUUAAAAAGAAAAUUCCAAAAAAUAAUGAAAUUAUAAAUACGCUUGAUGUAUUAAAUGAUGAAAAUAAAAAAAAAGGAGAAUUAAAUAAAGAUAAUAUGAAACAUAUGGACAUGCUAAAUAUUAGUGCAAAAAGAAAAAAAAAUGAAAAGUUAAAUAUGGAUAAGUUAUAUAAUAAAGAUGAAUUAAUAAGAAAUAUUAAUUCUGAGCAAAUAAAUUUUAACAAAUAUGAAAAAAUAGAGGAAAAUGAUAAAUCAUUAAAAGAGCGUAAGGAUGAUGAUGAAAUCAACAUAACGACCAUCGAUGAGGAAAAUAUAGAAAAUGACCUUGAAAAGGGAAUAAAACAUAAAGAGGUUAAUACGAUAAUAAAUAAUAAUAAAUAUAUAUUUGAUAUAUCAAAUAUGUCAAAUAUGUCAAAUAUAUCAAAUAUGUCAAAUAUGUCAAAUAUGUCAAAUAUGUCAAAUAUGUCAAAUAUAUCAAGUAUGUCAAAUGUGUCAAAUAUAUCAAGUAUGUCAGAUGAUAUAAUAUCUUCAAAACAAAAGACGCGUCAUAUUAAUAGUAACAAUAAUAAUAAGAAGAAGACAAUAUACUUACACAAUUCUUCAAAUAAUAGUACAAAGAAAAAUAUCACCUCGAUUAAACCAGGUAUUAAAAAAAUGUAUGCACCACUUGAAGAUUCCAUAUGUUCAAAUGUUAACAAGAAAUAUUUAUGGAUAAACGACAACGAAGAAAAAAAUAGGAAAAAUCAAGAUAAUGAUAAAAAAAAGAAAAAAUGUCUUUAUGAUCACAAUGAUGAUAAUUCACUAGAAAAUUCAAGUAAAAUAAAUAUUAAUGAUCUUCUUAAGAAUCAAGAAAUUCAAGGGAAAUUUAAUUUGCACUUGAUAAAUGCAAAUACAGAAUUGAAUGAUUCUUCAGAAAAUGUAAUUAAAAAAAUUGUCUUAAAUUGUAAAUGUAAAAAAUUAAAAGAUGAAAAGAAAAAAAAUAAAGGUAUGAAAAAUUUAAAUAAUGACAAUAAAAAUAUAAAUGAUAUGAAACAUGUAGAAAUAAUUAAAAACAAAGUAUCUUAUUUGGACAAUGAAAAAAAAAAAAAAAUUAAUAAUAAUAUAAUACAUGAAAACAAUAUUAGUGAUAAUAUUAAUUAUUAUUUAUUUAAAAAUGAUAAAAUUAAAAAAAAAAAAAAUAUAUAUAAACAUGAUCAAAAUAUUCCAAAAGAAUAUAUGAGCAAUAUAAAGGAUGGUUCUUGUAAAAAAUAUAUUAAUCAUAUGGAAAAACAAAAUAUAAAUUAUGAUUUUCAGCUAUCAAGUUCUGAUAUUUAUUCUAAUAAAAAAGAUUGUCACCUGUAUGAAAAUAAUAUCCAUAUUGAAGAUACUCAUAUAAAUCAUGAACCUAAAAUUCACUUCCUUGAUAAUGAAGAGUCCACAAUAAUUGUGGAAUAUCCAAAUGUUAAUUAUUAUAUUAAAUGCCCUUGA